GGGGAGGAAAGGCUGAGACAAGGAUGAUGCAACACAACUGACUAAGAAGCUCCCUGAUUUGUUUGUAACCAUGAAGGCCAUGGAGGAUCAGGUAGUGGAGGAAGAAGUUAGCUUCCAGGAUGAAGAGGAAUCUUUCUUCCAGGACAUCGACCUAUUACAGAAGCACGGCAUUAAUGUGGCAGAUAUUAAGAAAAUGAAAACUGUUGGAAUCUGCACAGUGAAGGGAAUUCAGAUGACGACACGAAGGGCACUCUGCAACAUCAAGGGUCUUUCUGAGGCCAAGGUGGAAAAAAUCAAGGAAGCAGCCAACAAGCUCGUAGAGCCAGGAUUUCUCACCGCAUUUGAGUAUAGUGAGAAGAGAAAAACAGUGUUUCACAUCACCACUGGCAGCCAAGAAUUAGACAAACUACUGGGUGGUGGAAUUGAAAGCAUGGCAAUCACUGAGGCAUUUGGUGAAUUUCGAACUGGGAAGACACAGCUGUCGCACACUUUCUGUGUAACUGCUCAGCUUCCUGGAUCUAGUGGAUACUGUGGAGGAAAGGUGAUUUUCAUUGAUACAGAGAAUACCUUCCGUCCGGAUAGACUGCGAGGGAUUGCUGAUCGCUUCCAAGUGGAUCCAGACGCAGUGCUAGAUAAUGUGCUGUAUGCACGUGCUUAUACCAGUGAACACCAGAUGGAAUUACUGGAUUAUGUAGCAGCCAAAUUUCAUGAAGAAGGCGGAAUUUUUAAACUCCUGAUCAUAGAUUCAAUCAUGGCACUUUUCCGAGUGGAUUUCAGUGGCCGUGGUGAGCUUGCAGAACGUCAACAGAAACUGGCUCAGAUGCUCUCCCGCCUGCAGAAAAUCUCUGAAGAAUAUAAUGUGGCUGUGUUUGUCACCAAUCAGAUGACUGCAGAUCCAGGAGCUGCCAUGAGUUUCCAAGCAGAUCCAAAGAAACCGAUUGGUGGUCACAUUCUGGCUCAUGCAUCUACUACAAGGAUUAGUCUGCGGAAAGGGCGAGGUGAACUGCGCAUUGCAAAAAUCUAUGAUAGCCCAGACUUACCAGAGAACGAAGCUACAUUUGCCAUCACUGCUGGAGGAAUUAGCGAUGCAAAGGAGUGA